AUUUAUGGGGUAUAAAUUGGUAGGGUGGGGGCUUGGCCUGACAUCAACUUCCAGUGGCUCAGUCACAGCGCUCCUUUUGCAAAGAUGUCUCACGGUGCAGCUCAGGGCAGCAUGGGCAGCCACUCCUCUAUGGCUGUGCAGAACUACAGGCUGAUCUGCUACGAGUACGAAAACUUCCAAGGCCGUAGAGUGGAGUUCAACUCCGACUGCCGUAACCUGUGCGAUCGUGGUUUUGACCAAGUAAAGUCCAUCCGAGUUGAAUGUGGACCAUGGGUGGCCUAUGAGCAGAAGGACUUCUGUGGGGAAAUGUUCAUUAUGGAGAAAGGAGAGUAUCCUAGAUGGGAUUCCUGGUCUAACUGUUUCCGGGCCGACAGGAUCAUGUCCCUGAGGCCAGUCCGUAUGGAUGGACAGGACUAUAAAAUCAGCUUGUUUGAAUGUGCCAACUUUGAGGGCAGGAAGAUGGAGGUCUGUGAUGAAGACAUCCCAAGCAUGUGGUCUUAUGGAUUCCAGGAUAGAGUCGGCAGUGUUCAAGUCCAUGGAGGAACAUGGGUUGGAUACCAAUAUCCCGGUUACAGAGGAUAUCAAUAUCUGAUGGAGUGUGGACCCUACAAGCACUGGAACAACUGGGGAGCCAGCCAGCCCCAGAUUCAGUCCAUCCGCAGGGUGAAGGACAUGCAGUGGUGCAAGAGAGGGAUCUUUGAAGUUGUGAACUAAAAUGGCACAGAGGAUAAGACACAACCUGGCUGUCAAACCAAAGGGACUUGUUUCUUUUUUUUAACCAUUUCAGUUUAUUGUUAAAGGAAUCAGCUGUUACAUUUCCUGUGCUAUCUUUUCAAAUUUGAAGCUAUUCAAGAAAUAGUUUGACUAUGUAAAAUUUUAGUUGGGCAAAUGGUAACAUACACUUUACAGAACAGAGUAUAGAAGCAAACCUGCACCUACCGGGGCAGAUAUGAAACUAACUUGGAAAGCAGUACUUGGGAGCAUUUAGGAAAAGGUCAUGUGGCUAAUAUUUGGGAACCUUACAGGAUACAGAUCUUUACUAAUGAGCCUGACCUAGAAAGAACAGAUAACUUCAGUAACUCCAUGCCUCCAUGCCUUUCAUCGGGUUGGUAUCACUAUAGAAGUCUGGGUUCCCUCCCAUAAGGAGCUGAUUCCUUUCUAGAGAGACAACCCAACCAUAGGCCUCAAAGGGUUCCAUGAUGUUUCCUAAACCAUUUUGGCUUCAGAGGGUCAGGACUGUCACUGUUAUAUUUCUCAGGGAGAAACAAGUCUUGUCUUACUUCACAAAACCCACAUCAGUAGGUGAAUGUGCAGUCUAAAGAUAUUUCACUGUCUAUCAUGCACUGAACUCUACUCUCAGAUAUGCCGAUCCAUUGAUGGUAAUGUCAAUCUCUUUGCAGUAAUAAAUUAUAAUAUAACUUAAA